AAUCCACGUUGGUAGCUGGGAAUCUCUAAGGCGGAAAAAUGGUUCCGGGUUGACGAGUUGAAGGAUUGUUUGUCUUAUUUGCCGUAAUUAGUUUCUUUUUGAACGAUCGAUAAGGCACUUAUGAGUUUUGAUGAGGAAGUUUCGAGGAGCGAGCUGUCCGAAUUGGUGCAUUACUUCUCAAAAUAUCCCUUCCGAGCGCGGGAUGCCAACUCAAAGAUAGAGGGUAUCCAGAAGAAAUGUUUGCAGCUGUUUGCUAAAGAUUACAAAUUUACGACAAUUACCAACAGCAAUGGAGACUUGUGUAACCAUUACCCACUUAAACUGGUUAUUUUAGAGUCAAAGCUUUAUUGUGGAGAAUCGGAAAAGAACGAAAGUCAAAAGGCAAAUGAUGCAAGGGAACUUCGAGAUCUGUUUGUGAAGGCCAGAUUCGCCAGAUGCAGAUCAAGAUUUGUUGUUCCAGUUAUUCUCUUUGAGGGAAAGAAUAUUUGCAGAUCAGCUACAUUAUCAGGGGGACCUGAAAUUUAUGGUCGAUCUGGAUAUGAUCUCCUUUUUGCAGGUGGUGAAAGUAUCCCUGAUAAUCCACUAGAAGAAGUUAAUGGAGUGAAUGGCACAGGGUCUCUUUAUUCAAGCGCUAGUGGUGAAUAUGACUUAUUUGACCGCAUCCGAGGUCAGGAUAUCCGCUUGCUCAAAACCCUCAAAGUCAAGUACAUCUGCGACUUAAUGGUGGAGAAAAAGAAAGUCAAGUUUGGAAUGAGGGUUUCAUCUUCAGAGAAGGUGGACAAAAUCCAGCGAUACUCAGACUUUUGUUUGUGUUCUGUUCCUUAUCCAGGCUGUGAGUUUUUCAGAGAUUUCAAGGAGAAUGAGUACAAUGCAGAUGGUUUACAUUUUAACUGGAAACAGGAUUAUGUAGACACAAAAUUAAAUGUUCCUGAUUUGCUGCUGCAUCGUCAAGGAAUCGAAUGGCACAACUACCAGUUAUGGGAUCUUGUAACAUUGACUCAAAACUAUUUGAAUCUUUUGAUUAGCUGUGUCAAAGAUGGGGAAGGAGGCCUUUUGAUACACUGCAUUUCAGGAUGGGACAGAACUCCUUUAUUUAUUUCACUCCUUAGGAUGUCUUUAUGGGCGGAUGGCAAAAUUCAUCAGUCGCUGAGUCCUGCAGAGCUACUUUUCCUGACCAUAGCUUAUGACUGGUUCUUAUUUGGGCAUGGUCUCCCUGAAAGACUUCAGCGUGGAGAAGAGGUUUUCUUCUUUUGUUUCAAUUUCUUGAAAAACAUAGCUUCAGAUGACUUUUCUGUAAACUCAACUUCAACCCGGAGAGUUGGUGAUAAGCGAAGUGAUUCUAUAGGUCCGUUUGAUGUUGGUGCAGUUCUCUUGGAUGAUCGAUUGUCACGCGGGAGUAACUCAAGUCUGAGUAGCUGUAGUAGCAUGACGUCAGAACAAAGAACAAGUUUCUUUAUAGGCCAGGAGAUAGCAGAAGAUACAGAACUAGCUUCCUCCUCGUUUACCCAUUGUAAUGGGGCACGCGCAGCGUAUCAUUCUCCGCCUCGUUCUCACGCAGAUCAUGAAUUUCGUCACCAGUCCACUAGUCCUCUUCCGGUACCUCGUCGGUCAAGAAAGAACUCAACUCAGUCUGAUCAAAAACCAUCCUUUACAUGUGGAAGUUGGCAGCUGAUAUCUGGAACAGGAAGUCCGAAUGGAACUACCACCGUCCGGGACUCUCCAAUAUCCGCACUUGGACACGGCAGCAGCUCCACAAGCUUAGCCGAAAGCGUGGACGAGGUCUCUGAGCGACAGAUGCGUUUAGGAGCCGUCCGUAGCCUGUUUCUUCAACUUUAUUUCAAGGCUGUUGGCAACACGACAAAGUACGAAGGCAGCAAUUCUUUCUCAAGUAUUCUCGAUCAAGUAAGCGAGAAACUACGCGAAGGAUGGGGCACCGUCGUUUAGGCUAAUCAAUUCUAAUUCGAUUCAAAAUUUGUUUGAACACCCUCUAACCGAAAAAUUGCACUUGUUCAAGUACCCAAACCGAGUUUGCUCAGUUCAUGGUCAUCUUUCACUCACCUGUACUCCCUUUACACUAAAUGCCACAUUUUAAAUCUCAAUCCGAUCUAGAAACAUCGGACAAGAGAAAGCACCUGGUGGAAUGUCCAUUGCGAAAUUCUCAUUUCUUUAUUCCAUCUUAUACCCUGACUUACAGUUGUGCUGCGAUUAAAUCCUCUUGUUGUGUUAAUUAUCCUCUGAAUCAUAUCUCUUUAUUCAAAGAAUUGAAAAUUUGGAAAAUUAUUUUCCACCUCGUUCCACUCUCCUCCUCCUUCGCGGGAAGAAAGUGUGAGGACACUGGGAACGAGUUUGGUUUUAUCAAACCAAGUCUGGCGUAGUAUUUGCUCGCUGAACCCAGUUUCUUUUCACCUAAUUUUAGAGAAAAUACUGGACGACGUUCUUCAAAACAAGUGAAAUCACAGAACUAAACUGAAUUUUACGUAGCUGUUAGAUGCAGUGAAAACAGAUGAACACAAACAUUUUAGACCAGACCCACUAAACUUUCGACAACGAUUAACUCUGAACAAUUCUCAAAUUAAAAAAGAUCAGCGUUUAGUCCCUUUCAUAAACGAACUGAACAGCCUCUUUUUCUGCAAGGGCUGUGAGAGGCUGUGUGAGCAAUCUUCUGAGCGAGCGAUUGGUAACUAGUGCAAAGCGCAAGGGACCUUGGAAGGAAUUAACAACUAUGCUUUCCCUUCCUUUUGCGGCCCAUAAUUUGUGGCCCAUAAUUUUGUAAGUAGAGAGAGGUCUGGGCAAGAGGCUGCUGUAAGACCAGGCAAAUCUUAUGAAAAGGAAGAAAAUUACGAAAACAAAAUUAGUAUCUAAUUGUUGUUAGUAACGAAUAUUUGUUAUUCAGAAGAACAUUGGAAGUUUUCUAUCGCGAACUAGAGGAGUGGAUGUAUCGGUGAAAAAAUUAA